AUGGAAGAAAAGAAAUCACCUCGCUGGCUGAUUAUUAUUGCAAUAGUUCUUUAUGUAACAUUCACAGCACUAUGCUUUUCAUUAACGUCUAACUGGAGAAUAGGCUUUUUGUGCAUAGUUUCAACAUUAUUCGGAUUUGUUCUUACGUAUGGACCUCUUGGAUUCACAUGCUCAUUCAGAUCUCUCACAACUGAUGGUGAUUUCAAGCAAUACCGUGAUUUGCUUGUUAUGUUGUUCGUUGGUACUGGUCUUUGCUCAUUAAUUGAGUCAAUUCAAGGCUUACAUCCAUUAUUUGACCCAACCAAGACCAAGAAAUUCUCCGAUAGCGGAUCACCAGUUGGUGUAUCAUUAGUUAUUGGCUCAUUUAUGUUCGGAAUUGGAAUGCAACUCGGCUCAGGCUGCGCAUCAGGAACAUUCGUUGGCAUUGGCGAAGGCUUCCUCAAGGCUUACCUCGUUUUACCUUUCUUUGUUGUCGGGUCUGUUCUCGCUGUUAUGGAUCCAGUCUAUAAAUGGUGGUCAAAGCUUCCAGCAACAAAAGAACCAGUCCAAAUCGAAUUUGGCUUUACAUUAAUGAUCAUCAUGGCAUUAUUCGGCCUCACAUUCAUUUCUGAUACCAUCAAAUCUCGCAGACGCCAAAUGAACUCCGAAAGAAGCCACGAUGACUUCACAGUCAUGAAGAGCUUGUUUACUAUCGACGGACCAAAUACAAAAUCGAAUGAUGAGAACGAAGAAAAGUGGUAUCAUUCGAUAAUUGUUGGCGCAAUCGUCGGAGUCAUUCUUGCGCUCUUCUAUCUCUUCAAUGGUACAAUGAUUGGCAUCACUGGAGUAUUACCAAAGGUUGGCUGCGCUAUUUUGAAGAAAUGCGGAGUCAAAGUAGAUAAUUGGGUAUAUUUCCAACAAUCUCCACUUCCAAAGAACUUCCUCGACGUCAACAUCUUUGAUUCUAACAUAUUCAUCGCUCUCGGAGCCUUCCUUGCCGCUACAAUCAAAGGAAAUUUCGGAAAGGGCCAAAAGAAGGGAGUUGUUGAAUAUAUUAGAGGUGUAUUCGGCGGAUUACUCAUGGGAUUCGGCGCAAGACUCGCAAACGGCUGCAAUAUUGGUGCAAUGACUUCUGGAAUCACUUCUUCAUCAAUGCAUGGCUUUGUUUGGAUGGCUUGUGCUAUCAUUGGAUCACUAUUAACAUGCCAGACUGAUAAGUUCAUUGCUAAGAAGUGCAAAAAGGAGAGUGUCAAUACUUUCACGCCGAUUUUAUAA